AUGGCAAAUAACAACAGCAAUAACAAUAUACAUGGCUAUGUUGCUUCGGGUUGGGACAGUGUUCGCUCUGUUUUCGAACAAAAUUUAGUUGAAGGACUUGAUAUUGGUGCAAGUUUAUGUGUUUAUCAUCAGGGACAAUGUGUUGUCGAUUUGUAUGGUGGUUGGAAAGAUUUACAAAGAAAUAAAGAACCUUAUACAUCAGAUACAUUGCAAUUGGUUUUCUCAGUAUCCAAAGGUAUUAUGGCUGCAGCUAUAGCAUUAUGUGUAGAAAAAGGUUGGCUUGACUAUGAUAAACCUGUUGCACAAUACUGGCCGGAAUUCGCUACGAAUGGAAAACAGAAUAUAAUAGUAAGUGAUUUACUGUCACAUCGAGCUGGUUUGCCAUAUGUUGAUGAACGAUUAACGCUUGAUGAUGUAUGCAAUUGGUCUCGAAUGACUACUCUAUUGGCAGCUCAAAAGCCACAUUGGGAACCUGGAACAACACAUGGAUAUCAUCCAGUUACGAGUGGUUUUCUUGGUGGUGAACUCGUUCGUCGUGUUGAUCCUCAUCAUCGUUCUUUUGGUCAAUUCGUUCGUGAUGAAAUAGAUAGUGAAGUUUACGUAGGUGUAUCCAAUAAUGAGAUUGAAGCACGUGUUGCUCCCCUUUUUCGAAAGAUCAAUAUGAAUCCAGUUACUCUUCCUCCAAUGAAUUCGUUCACUGAAAAAGCUUUAACAUGCAAUGGUGCUUUUCCCAUUGAACCACAGAAUAGUAGUGAUAGUUUCUUUAAUAAGAUUCAAGUUCAUCAAGCUGAAAUUCCUGCUGCUAAUGGUAUUACAAAUGCUCGUACUUUAGCACGAAUAUAUGCACGUCUCAUUGGUGAUAUCAAUGAAAAUGGUCAGAAAAAGCAACGUCUUAUAAGCGAAAAGACAUUAUCACAAGCUACAACAAGUGUUACACCAACGGAUGAACCUGAUCGAAUUUUAUUUGGCGUAAAAUCAAAUUUUGGAAAGGGUGGUUUUCAAAUGUAUAGUGAUUAUUUCAAAGCAAUGGGCAUUGGUGUAUUUGGUCAUAAAGGUAUGGGUGGUAGUUGUGCAUUUGCUUAUCCUCCACAACAAUUGGCUUUUGCUCAUGUUUGCAAUCACCUUAAUGUCGGUGAGCCUACUCUUGAUCCACGUACUAUUCGUUUACUUAUGGCGAUUGAAAAUAUUCUGAAGCAUGAAAAUGAUUCAUCGAUAUCUCAAUUACAUGCGAAAUCAACAAACUCAAUACAAACAAAUUGA